AUGGCUCAAGAGAAGAGAGCUUCAGGCUCGCCCCAGAGAGCUGAACAGGCUACCCAAACAUUCCACGACGAGAUAGCAAAGCUCACUGAGAACAUCGCCGGCGAAAUCCGCAACCCCCCCAAAGGCAUUUCCCGCGACCAGCUCCUCAAGGAUGUUGCCGAGUUUCAGCGGGACAAGGGCUUACCCGACGACACCUUGCCUCUUCUUAGGAAGGGUGCGCUCGUGGCCCAGAGCCCGGCGGACUUUGAGGCUCUUGAGGAGCUUGAUGAGGUGGAGAAGGAGGCUUUACGACAGGAGGUUACUCACAAGUGGAGGCAUCCUCGGUCGUUGUAUUAUACCAUUUUUCUGAAUUCGAUUGCUGCUGCGAUCCAGGGAUGGGAUCAGACUGGCUCGAAUGGUGCUAAUCUGACCUUCCACGAAGCACUCGGCAUCCCCGACGCGGCGGGAUCAUCCUGUGGGCCUGUUGCAAACGAGGGAGAAUGCGCAAAGAAUAGUUGGAUCAUCGGUUUUGUCAAUGCCAUGCCCUACAUCACCAUCUGUCUCUUUGCUGGUUGGAUCUCGGACUCUCUCAACGACUCGAUGUGCCGUCGGGGCGUCAUCUUUGUAGCGGCCAUCUUUUCUCUUCUCGCGCCUUUUGGCAUGGCCGUCUCGCAAACUUGGGGACAGCUGGCUGCGUGUCGCAUGCUGCUCGGCAUUGGCAUGGGUCUCAAGGAAGUAACCGUGCCAGUCUUUUCUGCUGAAAACUCUCCCGCUAUCAUCCGCGGUGGCUUGGUCAUGUCCUGGCAGAUCUGGACAGCCUUUGGAAUCUUUCUAGGUACCUGCUCCAACCUGGCAGUUGGGAGAACAGGUGACAUUUCGUGGAGGCUGCAGUUCGGCUCUGCCUUUAUCCCAGCCGUUCCGCUUGUCAUUGGCACGUGGUUCUGCCCGGAGAGUCCGCGAUGGUAUCUCAAGAAGGGGAAGCACUUCAAGGCCUGGCAGUCACUCUUGAGGCUGCGAAAUACCCCUGUGCAGGCGGCCAGGGAUCUUUACUAUAUCUACUGCCUCUUGGAGCAGGAAAAGGCUCUGGUCCAUGAGUCGGGCUUGAAGGUGACGAGCAAUGUCCUUACUCGGUUUGUCGAACUCUUCACCAUUCCUAGAAUCAGACGAGCUACAUGGGCUUCUGGAAUUGUCAUGAUUGCCCAGCAGAUGUGUGGCAUCAACAUAAUUGCCUUCUAUAGUGCAACCAUCUUUAAAGAGAGUGGUAUCAGCGACUACACAGCUCUUUGGGCCAGCUUCGGGUUUGGCAUCGUCAACUUUCUCUUCGCAUGGCCUGCCGUGUGGACGAUUGAUACUUUUGGGCGACGAACCCUGCUGUUGUUUACCUUUCCAAACAUGGUUUGGACUCUGCUGGCUGCUGGUCUUUGUUACUUGAUCGAGCCGAGCGUGGAAAGUAGUGCUCGAGUCGCUGCCGUGGCGACUUUUGUGUAUCUCUUUUGUGCCUUUUACUCGCCAGGAGAGGGACCUGUCCCGUUCAUGUACUCGGCAAAAGUAUUUCCUUUGUCCCAUCGGGAAGUCGGCAUGUCCUGGGCCGUGGCGACAAACAACUUCUGGGCUGCCGUCCUGUCGUUGACCUUUCCACGGAUGCUUAUCGCUGUGACGGCCACGGGAGCCUUUGGGUUCUAUGCGGGUCUGAACUUAGUCGCACUAGUCCUAAUCUUCCUCUUUGUGCCUGAGACGAAGCAGAAGACUCUUGAGGAGCUUGACUAUGUCUUUGGGGUGCCUGAUCGGACCCAUGCAAAGUAUCAGCUCAAGACGGUGUUGCCGUGGUGGUUCAAGAGGUGGAUUCUGCAACGCAAGGGUGAGGUCUGUCCCGAUUUGUAUGAUGAGACGUUGCAUCAGACUCGUCCUGGACAGGCGUAG